GUUGAGAAUCACUGCACGCCGCGGCUAUGUUGGGCGGCGGCGGCAAUAUCAGUGGCAACACGGCAGCAACAGCAACAACAGCAGCAGCAGCAGCAGCAGCAGCAGCGGCAGCAACACCUUUUGCCAGCAUAUCGGGUCUGGGCAGCGGUGCGACUGCGACGCCAGCGUCGGCAGCGGGCACCAGCAGCAAGCGCAAGAAAGCGACCAAGCAAAAGCGUUGAGAAAGCGCCGCUGAUGCAGCUGCCAGCUGCAGCAAUAGAGAGAAGCAGGAGAAGAUCGAGAUGGAGCAGGAGAUAGAGAAGAUAAAUGUUGUUAACACUGUUAACGCUGCCACGCCCACCAACACAAAUGCCACCGUCGCCGCCACCAUUAAAUUUCGCUUUAAUGCGAAGCAUUGGAAGCGCAAGUUGAAGCAGUUUCAUUUGUUAUUGUCGAAGCCAACCUAAGAACCAACUGAA